GCGAUCGCUGCAGCCGCCGUCGGGCGCUGAGACCAAGUCCGGCGGGGCUUUCUCCGGGUGCCUGAGCGCACCCCUGCCGGGGGCUGGACAUCGGUCACCGUCGUGCUGUCUCGCCGGGAGCUUCCGAAACGUGCUUGGCCAUGGCCGAGGGCGCGGCUGGCAGGGAGGGUCCGUUGCCUCUCGACGCUGCCGGAGGCGAAGACGACCCCCGAGCCGCCGCCGACGCUGCCUCCGGGGACGCUGCACCCGCGGCCUCGGGUGGCCGGAUGAGGGACCGUCGCAGCGGGGUCGCACUGCCAGGUGCCGCAGGGCCCCCCGGGGACACCGAGGCCGGCCUCCUGGAGGCUGCGCGAGCGACCCCCAGGCGCAGCAGCAUCAUCAAGGAUCCUUCCAACCAAAAAUGCGGCGGCAGGAAGAAGACAGUGUCUUUCAGCAGCAUGCCCUCGGAGAAGAAGAUCAGCAGUGCCAGCGACUGCAUCAGCUUCAUGCAGGCCGGCUGCGAGCUGAAGAAAGUGCGGCCCAACUCUCGCAUCUACAACCGAUUCUUCACCUUGGACGUGGACCUCCAGGCGCUCCGCUGGGAACCCUCCAAGAAAGACCUUGAGAAAGCCAAGCUGGACAUUUCCGCCAUCAAGGAGAUCAGGCUGGGGAAGAACACAGAGACCUUCAGAAACAACGGCCUCGCCGACCAGAUCUGUGAAGACUGCGCCUUUUCCAUCCUCCACGGGGAGAACUACGAGCCUCUGGACCUGGUCGCCAAUUCUGCGGAUGUGGCCAACAUCUGGGUGUCAGGGUUACGGUACCUGGUCUCGCGCAGCAAACAGCCGCUUGAUUUUAUGGAGGGUAACCAGAACACACCGCGGUUCAUGUGGCUGAAAACCGUGUUUGAAGCUGCAGACGUGGACGGGAACGGGAUAAUGUUGGAGGACACUUCCGUGGAGCUCAUAAAACAACUCAACCCUACUCUGAAGGAAUCUAAGAUCAGGUUAAAGUUCAAAGAAAUCCAGAAGAGCAAGGAAAAACUGACCACCCGGGUUACAGAGGAGGAAUUUUGCGAAGCUUUCUGUGAACUGUGCACCAGGCCUGAAGUGUAUUUCCUACUGGUGCAGAUAUCGAAGAACAAAGAGUACCUGGAUGCGGAUGACCUCAUGCUCUUUUUAGAAGCCGAGCAAGGCGUCCCCCACAUCACUGAGGACAUGUGCUUGGACAUCAUUAGGAGAUACGAGCUUUCGGAAGAGGGCCGCCAGAAAGGGUUUCUUGCCAUCGAUGGCUUUACCCAGUAUUUAUUAUCUCCAGAAUGUGACAUCUUUGAUCCAGAACAAAAGAAGGUCGCCCAAGAUAUGACCCAACCCUUAUCCCACUACUACAUCAACGCUUCUCACAAUACCUACCUGAUAGAAGACCAGUUCAGGGGGCCGGCCGAUAUCAACGGGUACGUGAGGGCUCUGAAGAUGGGGUGCCGGAGCAUCGAGCUGGACGUCAGCGACGGUUCAGACGACGAGCCCAUCCUCUGCAAUAGGAACAACAUGGCCACGCCCCUUUCCGUCCGGAGUGUUCUGGAGGUGAUCAAUAAGUUUGCCUUCGUCGCUUCCGAGUAUCCUCUCAUUCUCUGCUUGGGGAACCACUGUUCUCUGCCGCAGCAGAGGGUCAUGGUCCAGCAGAUGAAAAAGGUGUUCGGCUGCAAACUCUACACAGAGGCGCCUUUGCCGUCCGAGUCCUACCUCCCGUCACCGGAGAAACUGAAAAACAGGAUCAUCGUGAAGGGAAAGAAACUGCCUGCAGAGUCGGAUCUGCUGGAAGGGGAUGUGACGGAUGAGGAUGAAGAGGCUGAAAUGUCGCGGAGGAUGUCCGGGGAUUACAACGGCGAGCAGAAGCACGUCUGGCUCUGCCGGGAGCUCUCUGAUCUGGUAUCCAUCUGUCAAUCUGUCCAGCACAGGGAUUUUGAACUGUCGAUGAAAACCCAGAAUUACUGGGAGAUCUGUUCCUUCAGCGAGACGGAGGCCAGCCGGAUCGCCAACGAAUACCCGGAGGACUUUGUGAACUACAACAAGAGGUUCUUGUCGAGGGUCUACCCUAGCGCCAUGCGGAUAGAUUCCAGUAACCCGAACCCGCAGGACUUCUGGAACUGCGGCUGUCAGAUCGUCGCCAUGAAUUUCCAGACCCCCGGUCCAAUGAUGGACCUCCACACGGGCUGGUUUCUCCAAAACGGAGGGUGCGGCUAUGUCCUGAGGCCGUCGGUUAUGCGAGACGAGGUUUCCUACUUCAGCGCGAACACGAAGGGCAUUGUACCCGGAGUGUCUCCCUUGGUCCUUCAUAUCAAGAUCAUCAGCGGUCAGAACUUUCCAAAGCCCAAGGGAGCCUGCGCCAAAGGGGAUGUCAUCGAUCCCUAUGUCUGUGUAGAGAUUCAUGGAAUUCCGGCCGACUGCUCCGAGCAAAGGACUAAAACUGUCCAGCAGAACAGCGAUAAUCCCAUUUUUGAUGAAACUUUCGAGUUUCAAGUCAACCUCCCUGAGCUGACCAUGGUCCGUUUUGUGGUUUUGGAUGAUGAUUACAUCGGGGAUGAAUUCAUUGGGCAGUACACGAUACCGUUCGAAUGCCUGCAACCCGGAUACCGGCACGUACCCCUGCGCUCCUUUGUGGGGGAGAUCAUGGAGCACGUGACCCUUUUUGUCCACAUAGCGAUAACCAAUCGCAGCGGAGGAGGAAAAGCCCAGAAGCGCAGCCUCUCUGUGAGGAUGGGCAAGAAAGUUCGGGAAUAUACCAUGCUCAGGAAUAUCGGUCUUAAAACCAUAGACGAUAUAUUCAAAAUAGCCGUCCAUCCCUUACGAGAAGCCAUAGACAUGAGGGAGAACAUGCAGAACGCCAUAGUGUCUGUUAAGGAGCUGUGUGGACUCCCUCCGAUUGCCAGUCUGAAGCAGUGCCUGUUAACCCUGUCCUCUCGUCUCAUCACUAGUGACAAUACCCCUUCCGUGUCUCUUGUGACGAAGGACAGCUUUCCUUACCUGGAGCCUCUGGGCGCCCUGCCAGACGUGCAGAAGAAGAUGCUGGCUGCAUACGACCUGAUGAUUCAAGAGAGCCGGGUCGUCAUAGAAACGGCAGACACCGUCCAGGAAAAGAUUGUCCAGUGUCAGAAAGCAGGGAUGGAGUUCCACGAAGAACUUCAUAAUCUGGGGGCCAAGGAAGGCCUGAAAGGAAGGAAGCUCAACAAGGCCAUCGAGAGCUUCGCUUGGAACAUUACUGUGCUGAAGGGACAAGGAGACUUGCUGAAGAAUGCCAAGAACGAGGCUAUAGAGAACAUGAAGCAGAUCCAGCUGGCCUGUUUGUCCUGUGGCCUGAGUAAAGGCCCUGGCUCUGGCCCCGAGGCCAAGGGCAAGCGCAGCCUGGAAGCCAUAGAGGAGAAGGAGAGCAGCGAGGAGAACGGGAAGCUGUGACCGAGGCAGGGCGCAUGCGCACCACAAGGACUCCGCUGUCUCAGCUGUCUCAUUCUUGCCUUUUCGUUUUGUUUUUACAUUCUUCAGAUGUUCACAGAGAUGAUGCCCUCCGUGGGGUGCUGUACAUAAACAUAUAUUUUCACAGUGCCAGUAUUUUUCUGUAGUUAAUUUAUCUAAGCUGAAAUUGUUAGUAGCCGUGUUGUAAACGCUGAGCUGUGUGAGUAGACCCGUGUGUUGUGCACGUGCAUGUGUGUGCGCGUGCGUGUGUGUGUGGGUGCGUGCUUGCGUGCGUGUGUGAGUAUAUCUUUGUAUGACGACUGUGCGCAUGUGCACAUGCGUGCAUGCGGGUUUGUGCCUAUGUGUGGCUGCCUGUGCGCAUGUGCACGUGUGUGUGUAACUAUGUGUGGCUGCCUUGCACACGUGCGUGUGUGCGUGAGAGAGAGAAGUUCUGUUAAAAUAUAUUCUCUGUCGCAGUAUUGGUUUUAGUAAGUUAUUCUUUAUGAUCAUCUGGAGACAGUUGAUAAUCUAAAAUAAUAGUGAGCACUUAGUGUAACCCAUCGCUCUGGUUAGUUUUAGCUCUGUCUUUGAGAUUUAAUUAAUUUGGGGAUUUUAGCACAGCUUAUUACUGAAGAAAGCCAAACGUAUCAAAGCAAGGAUGUUUUUAUAGAUUUUAAAUAUAGAUUUAAAAAUGGCAGUAGAAAUUAAAGCGGAUAAAUCAAUUUUCAAAUCAGAAUUCUGGGCAGACGAAUUCACUUCUUCGUUCAGCAAAGUCUUUAAAAUAUUUAUUAAAUGAAAUCGAAUUUAGGAUUUAGUCUCUGUAGAUGUUUACUAAGCAUGUGGCUUUGGUUGGAAAGCUGACCACAGCGAAUCGGUAGCCACCAGGCGGUACUCCGAGACGCACCCAGUGUCUGCGGUGACGCGACCGUUGAUGGGACAGUCAUGGAGUCAGGUGUGAUAUUUCCAGGUUUGCGGGGCCGGCAGGAGCGCGGCGUUCAUUCGCUGUGACUGGAAGCGAGCAGAUGCGCGUGCUUGGCCAGGAUUGGAUUGACUAUCGGGUACACUAAAUUUAAAUCUAAAGACAUUGUGCAAACAGUAUCCUUUCGUCGUGUUGAGCGGACGUGAAUGCUGUAAGUCAGACAUCAUCUUUAUGACGACGUGAUAGCUACUUCGAUGGCAUGCAUGGGAUAAUCGUAACGCACACAGUAAAGCCCAUAAAGAAGGGAGUGGCUGAGGAGGGCACAUUUAUAAUUAUGUCUAGAUAAUAUCACCCUAUUGUCUUCAUAAACCCCUUACAUGUAAUGUUCAUCCAUCACCGCCAACAGAACUAGGUGUUCUAUGGUUAUGAAAGAAUAUAUUUAUUUAAAACAUUGCUUUUAUUUUGAAAAGCUUCUUAAUUAAUUUGAUUGACAAAUAUGCUAAUUUGGGGGAGCCUAGAGACGAUAAUUGUUGAAAUUUUGCAAAUAUGAACAUCCUCUAUAGCUACUGUGUUAUUUCUGACUUCUUAAUACUACUAUGUUCUUGUCGCACAUUGCCGAGAGAGUAAAGAUAUCAAAACAUG